GAGGAGCUAUGCUGAGUCCGGGGUGUGCUGAGGAAGCUGCGCAGCUCGCCCCUCGGCGCGCCCGCGCCCCCGCCCCUGUCCCCGCGCCCCGACCCGCCCCCGACGUCUCCCCGGCUUCGGCCCGCCUUGGUAUUGCCUGUCUUCUGCUGCUGCUGACGCUGCCGGCCCGCGUAGACACGUCCUGGUGGUACAUCGGGGCACUAGGGGCCCGAGUGAUCUGUGACAAUAUUCCUGGUUUGGUGAGCCGGCAGCGGCAGCUGUGCCAGCGUUACCCAGAUAUUAUGCGCUCGGUGGGUGAAGGCGCCCGAGAAUGGAUCCGAGAGUGUCAGCACCAGUUCCGCCAUCACCGCUGGAACUGCACCACGCUGGACCGGGACCACACUGUCUUUGGCCGUGUUAUGCUCAGAAGUAGCCGGGAGGCAGCAUUUGUAUAUGCCAUUUCAUCAGCAGGGGUAGUCCAUGCUAUCACUCGUGCCUGUAGUCAGGGUGAACUGAGUGUGUGUAGCUGUGACCCCUAUACUCGUGGUCGACACCAUGACCAACGUGGGGACUUUGACUGGGGCGGCUGCAGUGACAACAUCCACUAUGGUGUCCGCUUUGCCAAGGCUUUUGUGGAUGCCAAGGAGAAGAGGCUUAAGGAUGCCCGGGCCCUCAUGAACUUACAUAACAACCGCUGUGGUCGCACGGCUGUACGGCGAUUUCUGAAGCUGGAGUGUAAGUGCCAUGGCGUGAGUGGCUCCUGUACUCUACGUACCUGCUGGCGUGCACUUUCAGACUUCCGCCGCACAGGAGAUUACCUGCGGCGACGCUACGAUGGGGCUGUGCAGGUGACAGCCACCCAAGAUGGUGCCAACUUCACAGCAGCCCGCCAAGGCUAUCGCCGUGCCACUCGUACUGAUCUUGUCUACUUUGAUAACUCCCCAGACUACUGUGUCUUGGACAAGGCUGCAGGUUCCCUAGGCACUGCAGGCCGUGUCUGUAGCAAGACAUCUAAAGGAACCGAUGGUUGUGAAAUUAUGUGCUGCGGCCGAGGGUAUGACACAACUCGAGUCACUCGUGUCACCCAGUGUGAGUGCAAAUUCCACUGGUGCUGUGCUGUGCGGUGCAAGGAGUGCAGAAACACAGUGGAUGUUCACACUUGCAAGGCCCCCAAGAAGGCAGAGUGGCUGGACCAGACCUGAAGACACAGAUACCUCACUCAUCCCUCCACUUCAAGCCUCGAAACUCAAAAGCACAAGAACCUUGCAUGCACACCUUCCUCCACUCUCAACCCUGGGCUGCUACAGCUUUUAUUUAAAGACUUGGAGAGUAAUCCAGAGGGACCCUCGUGUCCUAGCUGAAUCCUUAGCCCUGGGAAGGAGUUGAUAGGGAAUAUAAGAAACUGAAUGGCUCCCUGGCUUCCACUCUGUAGAUUUGAAAGGAGAGUAGAAGAGGUGUAGGGGGUCUUCAGAGUGAUCUGAGUUGCACUAAAGAACCAGUUUUCAAGGUCAAUGCUCAUUUUUCCUUUCUUUGCACUGGUUUCCUAACACUUCUUGGGUGUGCAAGAGAAAGGAUCCCUAGAGACCUUUUCAUCCUGCCCUGGCUGAGGAUAGAUAGGGCAGAGAUGGAAACUGCAUGCCCUUCCCUGGAGAGAGUCUGAGCAGAUUUCCUGGUACCCAAAAGAUAAUGAUAACACUGUAUUAUGGAGAGAUUGAGCCUGCUAGACAAGAGUUCAGCAGUUUAUAAACUGCUGUGUUUUAGAGGGGGAAAAUCAUAUACAAAUACGCAUUCUCUCUUUUCUACAUGUAUUAGACAGCACUGCCUCUUUUGCUCACUUGCUGCCUGCUCAAACUGAAGUGGCAUACAGUGGGUUCCCAUACCUAACAAAUCAUGAGAACAGUCUGGAACAGUACUAGGAGAGAAUAAUAUCGUAAGUCUGAGUAGGCCCAGGGAUUUUUUUCCCCCCAUUAUUCUGAAGGUUAGCUAGGUUUGAGAAACACAGUAAAAGAUAGGUAAUUCAUGAAGAGUGGGAGAGGCAAGCAAACUUGAUCUUAAGGUUCACAUGAAGCCAGUGUAUACUAGGAAUAUAGGGAUCUCUGGCUUUGGAUUUUUUUUUUUUUUUUUUUUGAGAUAGGGUCUUCCUGUGUUGCCCAGACCAGCCUCAAACUUGUGAUUGUUUUGCCUUAGCUUCCUGAGUAGCUGGCAUUACGGAAUGUGCCACCACAUCUAGCUUGGCUUUGGCAAUUCUUUAAGAAAGGACUCUAACCUUUGAAACUAGGAGUGGGAACCAGUGUCUGCAUAGAGAGAGCUGGGGCUUGGAGCCAAAGUGGUAACAGUUCAGAAGGUCCUCACAUUUACUCAACAAAUCUUUAGUGACUCUCCAAGUCCUGGUGAUUAUUACUAUUCACAUUUGGAAUAGGGCAAGAUUCCUUCUAUGCUACUAUGUAACCUAACUAGGUGUGAGGUAGUGGAGUCUCUAGAGAUAGCAGACUCAUUAAUAAACUGGAGGAGAGGACAUGGAAAUCCCAAAAACCUUGAUGUCCUAAUUUACAUAUGUGUUUUGACAGUGGUUAUCUCUUGCUUGUUAUUUUAAAACAGCAGAGUGAUGUAGAAAUUUGCAGUUAUAACAGACCUGCGUUAAAAUCA